UGAUCCCAAGUACAACAUUCAUCGCUUCACGAUAAAAACACGAGUUAAAUGUACUCCAAUAAGAGAAGCGCCCUUGAUUGUGCCUCAACUAGCCGUAGCUAUUAAACAUAUCGCAAGUGUCAUGUGCUAAAAGUUUAAUCUUGUUUACCUUUGGUUGUGGAAAAUACACGUUGCGGUAAUGAGGAAAAAGGUUCAACAAGACCCGGCACUGGCAAAUGUUUGCGUUAAAUUAUUGGAGGACAGCGUGCGGAUCGCGGCCUGCCAUUGGCUGUCGGACAUGUCAGUUAAGGUCACUGGCGGUGACGAAACAGCAUCUGACACAGCCUCCUCCCGCGUGGUGGCGACAGAAGCUAACACGGAGAUGUGGACAGUGAAGGUGGUCGGCCUGGGGUUGGUGGCUCUCUCUCUGACUCUGGAGUUGCUUGUCUGGUUCCUCCGUCGCCUCAGGCCUGGAAGAACUCUCAAUGAGGUCCUCUUCUUCCCCUCAGAAAUGGUCUGUGUGGAGCACAUCUUCACUCCCUCUUCACCUUAUUCCUGUUUUUGCUCAAUGCCUCAUGGUGUAGAGACCUCUUUCUCCCGUCUUCUCCGCCGCAUCCUGUCUGCCACCUCCUCCCUGGACUUGUGUGUUUUUGCCUUUUCGAACAUGGAUCUGUGCCGGGCUGUACUAGCGCUGCAUAGCAGGCGCGUAACCAUCCGAGUCCUCACUGACAAGGACUACACCGCCAUCACUGGCUCCCAGAUAGGGGUCCUCCGCAAGGCCGGGAUAUGUGUGCGGUGUGACGUGGCCUCGGUGUACAUGCAUCACAAGUUUGCAGUGGUGGAUGGCCGGCUGCUUAUCACCGGCUCCCUCAACUGGACGCUGACAGCAGUGCAGAGCAACAUGGAGAACAUCCUUAUCACUGAGGAGCCAGAGCUGGUGCGACCCUUCAUCAAGGAGUUCGACAGGUUAUGGGUGAACAACGAUCCAGCUCGAUACCACCGCUCACUUGACCAAAAACCUGCCCUUGUUAUUGCUAGAACCAAUGACUAAUUAGCCAUAACGAUUAUAGAGCCUGAGCUCAUGAAUGUUUGAGGUAGACGGUAUGCAUGUAAAAACUGUACAAUCAGCUAGUCAGAAAAGGCCUCCAGGAUUGAUUAGGAUUCUUGUUAAGAAGAGGCUCCGUUACUUUAAGUUUUGGAAGAAGUGUUCAUGCUUAAGUGAAGAUGUUACUGUACAAGAUGAUCGGAGUUUUAAGUCGUGUUUUUUAUUUCUGUAUUUAUAAGAAAACAGGUCUUAUUUUGAAAGAGACUGAUUAAUCAGGCCAAAUCUGGUCUAUGUUUUUCAUUUUUGUAUUUUUUUAAUUUCAGUAAGUGCAAAAACAUUGCUGUUGAAGUGCUGCAGUAGUUGUACUGCUUGGCAGAGACCUAAGAUAAAUGUAAUAUACACAACAUAGAGUUGGGCUAGUUUAAAUGAGAAAUCCUCUGUUUGUUUUUUUUAUUUUUAAAUCCAAGUUUAUGUUUUUAUAUAUUGUGUCACUGGUUGACAGUAUGUAAUUAUAGUUGCCUUUUUUUUUUUUUUAAAGAUUUGUACUGCUGACCAAAUUAACCUUGUUUCUUCAUGGUCAUUACGUAAUCAAUAAUCUAUUACAUGAUUUUCCCCCUCAGAACUAAGGGGAUUAUGUGGGCUACUCGGAAAAUGGAGUUUAAUGCAUUUAUUGAAAUCAAUCAACAGUUCACCUUGUGUACAAUAUAACUCAAAAUUCAACCGGCUGAAAAAAUCCAGUGUAAGGUUUAGGGUGUGCUACUGCAAUC